GUAAGUCCAAAAAUCCUAAAUUGCUGGAGCCUGUGCCAACCAUGCGGUCCCGACGUUUGUGGUUCCUGGCAGUCCUGGCAAUUGCAAUCUCUGCCUCAAUUGGCUCCUGGAGCCUCUUGUGGUGUCGCCCCCUCUCCCGCCGAUCCGAACGAGAACGGGUAGUUCGACACGCUGAAGAUGAGAUCUCGAAGCGCCUCGGACGUGUUUCCACGCCGCGACGUGGAAGCCAGAGUGAGCAGAGCGAGGAGGGCUCCUUAUCUGGUGCAGUGGGCGGAGCUGUCCUAGGGGGUUUGCUGCUGGGUCCCUUUGGCGCCAUUUUCGGUGCCAAUUUAGGCUCUGAGUGGGGAAGGAACUCCCGAGGCCCUCCCCAGGAGGAAGAAAUGGAUGAAGAUAUUGUGCAGCUGGCACGGCUAGUAGGCCGUGAACUGGCAGAUGCUAUGGAGAGCAAAGCUCGUGUGCUGGAAGCAAAGGAUACAUUAGCUGCAAAGAUUGUGCGCAUGGAAGACGAGAUCAAAGAUCUGACAAAGCGCGCAGAAGCUGCGCUAGAGGCAGAUGACGAGGCUGCGGCCCGAGCUUUCCUGGAAAAGAAGCAACUUGGUGGCGCUGCAUGGCCUUGGAGAUGUUCGGAGCAUUGUUUAAGCGCUGAUGUUUUUCCAUGUUUUUCCAUGGUUUCCUGAUGUAUUUUUGAUACAUAUUUGGUGGAACGCCUAAAUGUAUCUAAAUGUGAAGAUGAGAACAGACGUUUAUCUUUUGGUUUGAACAAGCCAAACAGGUACCCUUUGCAACAAUCCCUGGAGACAGACAUGAGCAAACUCAAGGACGCCUUGCGGCGGGUAACAACGGUGGAAGCCAAUGUGAAGAAACUGGAAGACCAAGCCCUGAAAGUCUCAUCCCUGCUGGAGCGUGCACGUGACGCAACGGGAGCUGAGCGAACGGCCCUGAAGGCAGAGGCUUCGGCUUUUAGUGUCAAAGAUCCAUUGCUGGAUCGCUUCGAUCUUUAGGCCGACACAAUAUGUCGACAUGCGAAGGUGUCAUUGACGGACAUUACAUUGAUUGUCCUGGAAGCUUCAACCCUUGCUAUUCUUGAAUGGCAAGCGAUGGCAAGCAGGUCCCUAGCAGCGCAGCGUGUCAAGCAUACCCACGACAGGGGGAAGCUUUGCAGCUGCAGGUUGCAUAACGGCCACACAACCGCCAUGACAAAA